AUGUUUUCGUCGUGGGAUUUAGUACGCCCAACGCUAUGGCACCCCAUGUCAAUGCUGGAAUUGUCGAUGAUGGACAUGAAUGCGAUGCCUCAAUUAUCAAUGAGCAUGCGUAAUGUGCCCGGUGUCAGUACUGACGAGGAGUUUUUCAAGGAUUUGCCUACAGCAGAGCAGCAAAAGGAGAAGAAUGAGACACCCGCAGAAGCUGAGAAUAAACGCGCUUUCUCGUCGUAUUCGUUCAGUAGUUCGUCGGUCGUGGAUGAGGAAGGGCGUAAAGUGAUGAGUACACGUCGACGUUACGAAGACUCGACGGGUCGUCUGAAAGCCGAGCAUGAGCGUGAGGUCAUGGGUAAACGUCUAAAGACGGUGUGGAACCGAAAGUACGGAAAUGAUGAAGGUGAACACCAUACGAUUUGUUCUCAAAGUACACCCGAGGAGUUUGAAAAGCUCUGGAGUACGACGCCAUUUGGCAAGGCCCAGGAGAAGAAGAAGAAGGAGUUGAAGGAAUCGAGCGAGGCGGCGCAAGACGAGCAACAAAAGCAAUUGAAGCAACAGCAGGACCAGCAUCAGAAGCAAGAGACGACCAAGUCUGCGUAA